CAUUGUAAAAAACAGACCUUGUAAAUAAUACUUUGGAGACUUCUAUCAUGGGAAAAACUAAGAAACGAGAGAAAAAAUCUAAAAAACAUAAACAUAAACACAAUAAAAGUAAGCGGAAACAUAAAAAAGCUAAAAAGGAAUCGGAAGCUACGGUGGUCACUCAUCCAGAAGAGAAAACUGACAAUGAUGAAAGUGGCUUCGAAAUACCAGUGGAACUUAUGAAUACAAAGUCCCAUACACCUGUCACACCAAAGGAGCAUCAAAAGCGUCAAAGUGAAAUGCGUCGUGUUGUUGACCCAUCAACAGGACGAGUUCGCCUUAUCAGAGGGGAAGGAGAAGUAAUGGAAGAAAUUGUGAGCAAGGAGCGACAUGCUAAAAUUAAUAGUUUAGCAACAGAAACUGAUGGACUAAUUUUUCAAAAACACACCAUUGGCAAAAUAAAAAAACCGUAAUAAUGAA